AUGGGGGACACAACCACAGCCGCCAUGCCCGAAGCUCCGAGCAUCCAGUCCCCUACAACCCCUACAUCCCCUACGGCCCCGACAACUGGUUACAGCAAGCACAUUGUGUUGACCACCUACCCCGGCCAAAGCGGCGUAGAUCCCGUCCCCCUCGUAUGGGGCGCACCCGAUGCCAAAUCCCGUGGUCCGGUCAUCGUCACCCGCGGCGCGGGGAUGCUCAAACGACGAAACGCCAUGGGCGCCCACGGCGGCAGCUACAGCAUCUACAACGCGCUGGCGAUCGCGGCGGGAGAGCUGGAUGUGAACUUCCGCCCGGACUUCAGGAACAGCCAGCCCACGUUCAACUUCCCCUGGCAGCCUGCGUGGGCGGACAAGACGAAGAUCGUCUCCAUGGACCCGUUCGGGCAUGAUGUCGUCAACCAGUUCCGGGAGGAGCUGGAUGCCGGCUGGGAUAUCCGGCCCACGAUGGCUGUUACGCGGGCGAAUAUGAAACUGGCGGAGAUCGGGGAGGCUGUGAAGAAUGGGCAGUUGGAUGUUGAUGGGUCGAUUGUUGUGGAUUCCUCGGGGGAGGUGCGCGUUACCAAGGUCGCGGUUGAGCCGGUGUGGUAUUUGCCUGGUGUUGCGGAUCGGUUUGGGGUUGAUGAGGGGACGCUGCGGCGUACCCUGUUCGAGCAUACCGGUGGAAGCUAUCCGGAGUUGAUCACCAGGCCUGAUUUGAAGGUUUUCCUUCCUCCUAUUGGGGGGUUGACUGUUUACAUCUUUGGUCCACCGGAGCGUGUUUCUGAUGAGAAUGUGAAGCUGGCGCUGCGGAUUCACGAUGAAUGUAAUGGAAGUGACGUCUUCCAGUCGGACAUUUGCACAUGCCGGCCGUAUCUGGCGUUCGGUAUUCGGGAAGCAAUCCGCGAAGCCCAGAACGGGGGCAGUGGAGUGGUUAUAUAUUUCCGAAAGGAAGGCCGUGCUCUGGGCGAAGUGAUCAAGUACCUCGUGUACAAUGCUCGCAAGCGUGGCGGUGACACGGCCGACAAAUAUUUUACUCGGACGGAGAACAUUGCUGGAGUGCGAGAUAUGCGCUUUCAAGCCCUGAUGCCAGACAUCCUUCAUUGGCUUGGGAUCAAGAAGGUCGACCGCAUGUUGUCCAUGUCCAACAUGAAGCACGAUGCCAUCGUCCAGUCAGGAAUCAAGAUCCUCGAGCGUGUGCCAAUCCCGGAGGAAUUGAUACCGAGCGACUCGCGCGUUGAGAUCGAUGCGAAGAUCAAUGCCGGCUACUUCACGACAGGUAGACAGUAUACACUGGAAGAACUGGCGGCAGUGAAGGGCCGUGGCUGGGAGAAAUGGGAGGAUGUCACGCUGUCAGAACGCUACUCCACCAUGGGCUCACACACGCAAUCCCCCGCAGUCUCUCCGCAACCCCACGUCCCUAAACCGGGCGUCUGGUGUCCAGCGGUGACCUUCUUCAACCACAACACAGACACCCUGGACCUCGACUCCCAAAAGAAAUACUACGCCUACCUCUCCAAAACCGGCCUCGCGGGACUGGUCAUCCUCGGCACAAACUCCGAAGCCUUCCUGCUGACCCGCGAAGAACGCGCCCAGCUUAUCGCCGCCGCCCGCGAGGCCGUCGGCCCAGAUUACCCCCUCAUGGCCGGCGUCGGCGCCCACUCCACCAAGCAGACGCUGGAGCUAGCAGCGGACGCGGCGGCCGCGGGCGCGAACUACCUCCUCGUGCUUCCGCCCGCCUACUUCGGCAAGGCGACGACCAUGAGCGUCGUGAAGCGGUUUUUCGCGGACGUAGCUGCGCGGGCCCCGCUGCCGGUGAUCAUCUACAAUUUCCCCGGCGUGUGCAACGGGGUUGACAUUGACUCUGAGACGAUGACUGCGAUCGUGCGCGAGUCGGCGGCGGCGCGUGCCGACGGGGUCUCGAAUGUGGUGGGUGUCAAGCUCACCUGUGCGUCUGUGGGGAAGAUCACGCGACUGGCAGCGACGUUCUCGCAGGACGAGUUUGCGGUUUAUGGGGGGCAGUCGGAUUUCCUGCUUGCGGGGCUGAGUGUUGGGUCGGCGGGGUGCAUUGCGGCGUUUGCGAAUGUGUUUCCGCGGACGGCGGCGCGGGUGUAUGAGCUCUACAGGGCUGGGAAGGUGGAUGAGGCGAUGCAGUUGCAGCGGAAGGCGGCGCUGGCGGAGAGUCCGUGUAAGAGUGGGAUUGCGGCGACCAAGAAUGCCACGGCGGUGUUUAGUGCGUCUCUGGCGGGGAUUGAGGGGGCAGAGGAAAAGCUCAGGCCUCGGACGCCGUAUGAGGAGCCUAGUGAAGGAGUGAAGCAGAUGGUGCGGGAGGUGAUGGCGGAGGUUGCGGAGAUUGAGAGAAGUAUAUAG